AUGGCCACGGCGGCUUCUAACCCGUACCUCCCCGGGAACAGCCUCCUGUCGGCCGGCUCCAUCGUGCACUCGGACGCCUCGGGCGGCGGGGGUGGCGGCGGGGGCGGGGGCGGCGGCGGGGGCGGCGGCGGAGGCAUGCAGCCCGGGAGCGCCGCCGUGACCUCGGGUGGCUACCGGGGGGACCCGUCCUCCGUCAAGAUGGUCCAGAGCGACUUCAUGCAAGGGGCCAUGGCCGCCAGCAACGGCGGCCAUAUGCUGAGCCACGCUCACCAGUGGGUCACGGCCCUGCCCCACGCCGCCGCCGCCGCCGCCGCUGCCGCCGCCGCCGCCGUGGAAGCGGGCUCGCCCUGGUCCAGCAGCGCCGUGGGCAUGGCCGGCAGCCCCCAGCAGCCGCCACCACCUCCGCCGCCGCCACCCCCGCAGGGCCCCGACGUGAAAGGCGGCGCCGGGAGAGACGACCUGCACUCGGGCACUGCGCUGCACCACCGGGGGCCGCCCCACCUUGGCCCCCCACCGCCGCCGCCCCCCCACCAAGGCCACCCGGGCGGCUGGGGCGCUGCCGCCGCCGCCGCCGCUGCUGCCGCCGCCGCCGCUGCAGCCGCGCACCUCCCGUCCAUGGCCGGGGGCCAGCAGCCGCCACCGCAGUCUCUGCUCUACUCGCAGCCCGGGGGCUUCACGGUGAACGGGAUGCUAAGCGCCCCCCCGGGUCCAGGAGGCGGCGGUGGGGGAGGCGGCGGCGGCCAAAGCUUGGUGCACCCUGGGCUGGUGCGCGGGGACACGCCGGAGCUGAGCGAACACCACCAUCACCACCACCACCACCCGCACCCGCCUCACCCGUCGCACCCACAUCACCCGCAAGGACCCCCUCACCACGGUGGGGGCGGAGGCGGCGGGGGAGGCCCGGGACUGAACAGCCACGACCCGCACUCGGACGAGGACACGCCGACCUCGGACGACCUGGAGCAGUUCGCCAAGCAGUUCAAACAGCGGCGGAUCAAAUUGGGAUUCACGCAGGCAGACGUGGGGCUGGCCUUGGGCACCCUGUACGGGAACGUGUUCUCGCAGACCACCAUCUGCCGCUUCGAGGCCCUUCAGCUGAGCUUCAAAAAUAUGUGUAAGCUGAAGCCGCUGCUGAACAAGUGGCUGGAAGAGGCCGACUCGUCCACCGGCAGCCCCACCAGCAUCGACAAGAUCGCCGCCCAGGGCAGAAAGAGGAAGAAGCGGACCUCCAUCGAGGUGAGUGUCAAAGGGGCCCUGGAGAGCCACUUCCUCAAGUGCCCCAAGCCUUCAGCGCAGGAGAUCACCAACCUGGCCGACAGCCUGCAGCUGGAGAAGGAGGUGGUGAGAGUCUGGUUCUGCAACCGGCGGCAGAAAGAGAAGAGGAUGACACCCCCGGGGAUCCAGCAGCAGACGCCCGACGAUGUCUACUCGCAGGUCGGCAACGUGAACGCGGACACGCCACCCCCACACCACGGACUGCAGACGAGCGUGCAGUGA